CAUGUGACUAAUUUGAUGCUGCAUUCAGGUGGUUGACAGAAAACAAUAAAAAUGUAGCUUCAUUUUCUCGUGGCGUAACUAAUCAAACUAAAUGCAGCAGCAGCCGGUAACUAAAGAGGAGCAACAUGAUCUGUGUGUAACGACAGCACACAGGUACUUAGGUAGUUAAAGACUAUAUGAACUGUAAUAGUGAACGUGGAAAAUAUAACGUCUGACUCACGUAAUUACAGGCCGGAUAAUAAACUGUUGCAGUGACGGAACAUCGUGCCGUGGUCGCUUUUGUUUUGUUUUUUGUUUGUAUUUUCAACUUAUCACCGUUUCUUUGGGUGCUCAACUUAACCUAACUUGUAUCCGACGUCAGUGAAGGCAACAGAGCUUCCCAAGGCUACCGUGAGACUGCUUCAUCCCGAGCGAAACAGAGGCCGGUGUUUGGGGAUCGUGGAUUUGUUUUUGGUGCCAGGACAAAAUGCUGAAUCCGCAGCGGUCUCUGUCGGAGCUACCGAAGACGUCGACGGCCAGUCAGGUGGAGCGCGUAGUGCUGGAGGAGGAGUUCAACUGGCUGCUUAAAGAAGAAGUGCACGCUGUCUUAAAGCAGCUCCAAGAUGUUCUCAAGGAGGCAUCCAGACGUUUCUCCAUGCCGACACCAGGCUUUGAAAAUCAGCUUAAACAGGAGAACUUCAUCCUUGGCAGCUCAACCAGCAUGGAUCAAGUGAAGGGCGUGCUGACUCUGCAGGGGGAAGUGCUGACUCAGGCUGAUAUCAACCUGAAGGUUGCAAAGAGCAGCCAAGUGUUGCACUUCCAGUUUAGAGAAGACAAGCAGUGGAAACUGCAACAGAUCCAAGAUGCCAGGAACCACGUGAACCAGGCUCUGCAGCUGCUGAGCAGCCGUGACGAGAGCUACCACUUCAAGUCUGGGGCUGAGGUUAAUAAGCUCAUGGAUGGAGUGAUGCUGCAGCUUACACGAGCUCGAAACCGCCUCACUACCCCAGCCUCCAUGACCCUGCCUGAGCUGGCUGCCAGCGGUUUGAUGAAAAUGUUCUCUCCUCCCAUACCCGGGGAUGUCAUGGUCAACUUUUACAUCAACUUAAGCAAACUGUGUCUGACUGUGUACCAGCUCCACGUGCUGCCUCCUAACACCACCAAGAAUUUCAAGCCUGCUGGAAGCUCAGUGUUGCACAGCCCUGGAGCAAUGUUUGAGCUCAACAACAACCGGUUUGAGGUGAGCCAUGUUCACAAAGUUGAGUGUGUGGUGCCUUGGCUGAGUGACACGCUGGUGUUCUUCACCAUAUCCCUGCAGCUCUGUCAGCAGCUGAAGGACAAGAUAUCGGUUUUCUCCAGUUUCUGGAACUACAGACCUUUUUAAUCCUGCAGCCCGUCAUCCUCCAGGCUCCGCUCGGACUCAAACUAAGCACUCUGUUGUAAAGGAAGUGUUCGUUAUUUUAGGUAUUUGAAAUGCAGUGUGAUGUCAGAGCCCUACAGCUCUGCCCCCAGUGAUGUUAGCCCAGCUGGCUGACAGUCCUGUCAGUGCAUCUCAGUACUGGCGUGUGGAUUCAUGUCAUUUUGUUCACUUUAAUAGAAUUAUUUGUUACCCACACUCACAUUCCUAAUUGUAUUUAUUGAGUUGUUUUGUAGAACACUAAAUUUGUACUUCAGUAAUUCAUCUUUUCUUGUACUUGUUCUGUCGCAGCAUUCUUACAUGGUGAUCACUUUGAAGGUUUCCUCAUAGUAAAGUCCUGCUUUACUACUGUAGUACUGGUAUACAAGUGAACACCACAGGCCUGUGACUGUGCUGUGAAAUGCUCAGAGUAAAACAGUCUAAAUAAUGCCACUAACAGCGUCAUAUAUUCACUCUGCUGCAUAAUAUUAACCUCACACAUGCAGCAGUAAUGCUAUGUAACAUUGCCUGUGCGUUACUGUUAUCAUGCACAUGCAAAAGGCAGUUUUAGUGGCAGCCAAGCACGUCAUGUUGGAGUGGGAACAUGAGGAGGAAUCUGUGAUGAAGGUAACAAUAGUUUUCGGUAUUCUUGAAGGAACUAAGAAAGUAAACAAAGGAGGAAGGUCUUUGAAGAAGCUCCUGUUCUGUUUCUCCUGCAAUAGCAUCUUUUUAAUCUUCCCACAAGAAACGAACCACUCCACAGUUCAUACCAACAAACCUGCUCCACAGUACGUCGAGGACAGGGCUCUGCCUCUGGAGGCUGUCAUCACUGUACCAGGACCAGCUCAUUUGGGGUGUAAUGAGUUGCAGUUUGGACAUAGAUGUCAGCUGUUCAGCUCAUUUUACCUUCUGCACAGAUCUGAGCGCUCUAAUUUAUCCUGUUUCCAGUUUUAUAAAGUGCACAAUCAAUAGAGGAAGUGUUUCUCUAGCUGUGGUACAACCUCUUACUUUGAGGAAUUAUUUCCCUCAUUCAGUAUGUGGGUGUGUACGUGUAUGACACAGUACAGUAAAAAGCUGUACUGGAGCAGGGCCCUUUAUCCCCUCCAGCUCACGUUCCCUGUUUGUUACUACAUGAAUUUAUUUAAAUAAGCUACAUGUGACAUCAUCUGUUGCUGUUUGUAUUUGUUUUGUCUCCUGUUGAUUUUCUUUGAACCAAAUACUAUUGUAGACAUGAACAAAUGACUUCAUUCCACUAAGUAUUAAUGUAUUUAAAGAUGUCUGUCAUGUAAAAUGUGGAGUGUGUGCAAUUAAACUUUUGUCCUGUUGAACUCUCUCUUUGGUGAUCUGAAGAUACAUGUAAUAAAAAAGUCAUCACUAAACUUCA